AGUCUCUGGUCACCCCCUGUACUAUGUCCGCAGUCUCUGGUCAUCAUCUCCUGUACUGUGUCCGCAGUCUCUGGUCAUCAUCUCCUGUACUGUGUCCGCAGUCUCUGGUCAUCAUCUCCUGUACUGUGUCCGCAGUCUCUGGUCAUCUCCUGUACUGUGUCCGCAGUCUCUGGUCAUCAUCUCCUGUACUGUGUCCGCAGUCUCUGGUCAUCAUCUCCUGUACGGUGUCCGCAGUCUCUGGUCAUCUCCUGUUAUGUCUGCAGUCUCUGGUCAUCUAAUGUAGUAUGUCCGCAGUCUCUGGUCAUCCCCUGUACUAUGUCCGUAGUCUCUGGUCAUCGUCUGUACUGUGUCCGCAGUCUCUGGUCAUCUCCUGUAGUAUGUCUGCAGUCUCUGGUCAUCUCCUGUAGUAUCUCUGCAGUCUCUGGUCAUCCCCUGUACUAUGUCCGCAGUCUCUGGUCAUCUCCUGUACUAUGUCCGCAGUCUCUGGUCAUCUCCUGUACUGUGUCCGCAGUCUCUGGUCAUCUCCUGUACUGUGUCCGCAGUCUCUGGUCAUCAUCUCCUGUACUGUGUCCGCAGUCUCUGGUCAUCAUCUCCUGUACGGUGUCCGCAGUCUCUGGUCAUCUCCUG